ACAAAAUUGCCUCUUUUCGACUCUGCUAAAGAUAAUGUAGGAAGUCAAGUACCUACAAAAUUAGUCAAGCGGUUUACUUGUUAGUUUCUAGUUCCGUGUUAUUAGGUAUACCAUUUUAACUUUAACAACUAAAAGGUAGUGAGAAGUAUAGCUGAUUUGCGUAUGCUAGAAGUGUUAAAACUAUUUUUUUAUUCACAAACACUUUCAUCACGUUCUUUUGAGUCUGAAGAUUUUCGACAUUCUGUUAUUUUCAAAGCAGUAAGUUUAGCAGGGGAAUCGUGGAUGGAUACAAAAUGAGUGAACAUAGGGUACCGGUGCAAGUUCCUCCGAGACCACAUUUUUCCCGAGGAGGUGGAAGAGGACGUCAACCACCCAAGAGUUCCGGAUGUAGACCACCUCCCAAUGUUCAUAAUUCAUCUUCAGUGCAGCCACCAUCUACAACGAUUGGACGACACAAAGAGCCCCGGCCUCCCAAAAUUGUGACCAACUCUCCACCUAAUCUGUACGAUAGCUCUGAGCUUCUGGAGGCAUUGAAAGGGAUCCAGCAAACAGCCCAGUGCUGCUCAUGCCACAAACUAUUGGUGUCUGCCAGGAGCUGUGCCAGCGGCCAUGGCAUUUGCUCUAACUGCAGGAACAAAUGCCACAAAGUGUGUCCGCUAUGCGACUCCUUCAUUCCGAACUGCAAACCUGUCAUGCUCAACAGCAUAAUCAAAUUGCUCCCGAGAAAAUGCAACUACAGUAACAAAGGUUGUGAACACAUGGCCCUAGCUAGUGACCAGGACCACGAGAUGUUUUGUCGUUUCCGUAACGUUUCUUGCCGCUUCCCAUCUUGUGGUACAAAGUGCAUGGCCAAAGAUUUGCUUCGUCAUCUGGAGGAUACGCAUGGUAAGAAUAUUAUACGAACAGCUUCCCACAACAGCAUUAUGAUAGGUUUUGAUGCCAGUAUUGAAAGAAAAGGUUUUGCAGCUAUUGUCGCAUUCAACAAUAUUAUCUGGCAGCAUACAAAGUGUGGAAGAAAUCGGGUGCUCCAGUUGUAUCAGUACGUUCCAAUGGAAAAACCGAAAGUGAAGUUUUCGGUAACUGUCAAUUUUUAUACCCCUGAACGUAGUUUUUCUGCCAAAACACCUAUUCACAUUGACAAGUUUGACCCAGAGCAUUUGUUUAAAGAUAAAGAAACGUUCUGUCUACCUAAAACAUUCGCAGCUUCUUUCAGUCAGUUCUAUGCUGGAGUAAACUACAAUUUCAAAAUAAUCAAGGAGGAUUUGUAAAUCUAUAAAUGCACAAAACUGGUGAAACCUCGUGUAAGCUCUGUUAAGUCGCAAGCAGUCUCUUCAUUAUUAUCUUACAACUUUAACAUUAACAGACCAGUUAAAAAGUACAGUCAUGUUAUCUUGCCCCUUACUCUGGCAAAAAGGUUAUGCACUAAAAAAAUAAUAUAGGCUAAUAAUAGCAUCUUGUAAGAUUGUUACCUUCGAUUUCAUAGUAUGGUUAGUAAUAAAAGGUGCAGUCAUGUUAUCUUGCGCCUUACUCUGGCAAAAAAGCUAUGCAGUCUAGGUAUAGGCUAAUAAUAACAUAUUGUAAGAUUGUUACCGGUAGGUACCUUUGAUUUCAUCAUAUGGUUUUAUUAUCUUUAAUUUUGUGGAACAAGUUUUCAACCAAGAAACUUGUGAUGCAACUGUGCUUGUGUCGAUUCACUGUUAAGUAGGUAAUGUUUAGUGGUUUACAAUCAACUGUUUAAUUUAUCUCUAGAGAUUAAUGUUCAUAAAACCAAAAUAGAAGUUUCUCUUUUGUGCUGUGUCAUUGAAUUUUCAAAAAAGAAAUGAUGAUAUUAGGUAUAGUGUUAAGGGUAUUCAUUGUGUUCGUUUUUAUGUAGGAUUAAGCAAAAUGAAUACUACUUUGUAAAGAGAACCUUUUUUAUAAUGUUACAUGUGUGAAUCUUAUUUCAAUAAAG